CACCAUCACUGAGUGAGUUUGGAGGGUUGAUCCACUGAAAGUGUCUAGAUGGAGAAAAAAGCGAAACUCGAGGAAGUUUUCCUGAAUGUUCUUGGGAAUCUGAAAGCUGAUGAGCUGAAGAGCUUCCAGAGGCACCUGGUCUGGCCUCUCAUACCAGAAUGCAAGAUAAAGGACACCUCCAUUCAGGAGACAGUCAAACAACUGACUGAGUUCUACGAUGAUGCAGAAGCAGCAAAGAUCACUGAGAUAACUUUCAAACGGAUGAAAAAGAACCAGCUCACUCAGAAGCUACAGGAGGCUCUUUGGAAAAGAGGAUUCUUCCCAGAAGUUCCGUAUGAGCAGGCUUUGCCUGAAGGACUCAAGAACCAAAGAGUCAUCACCAUUCAUGGACUGGUCAAACACAAGGCUGAUAGAUUCACCAUUGACAUCUGUAAAGGUGAUGAUAUAGCCUUUCAUUUCAACCCUCGUUUCAAUGACAAUGGGAAGCAGGUGAUCGUGAGGAACAGUCUGAUUGGAGGUGUUUGGGGUCCUGAGGAAAGAGAACUUCCUGUCUUCCCUUUCACACCUGGAAAACCUUUUGAGAUCAAGAUUUUUUGCACCUCCUCUGAAUUCAUAGUGGAAGUUGAUAACAAGCAUUUGCUGACUUUUGCACAUCGCAUCAGAGACAUUGAGAAGAUAAAAAACCUCUCCAUUCAUCGAGACGUUUACCUCAAAUAUGUUGACGUAGGAGGAUUCUUCCCAAAGGUUCCAUAUGAGCAGGCUUUGCCUGAAGGACUCAAGAACCAAACAGUCAUCACCAUUCAUGGACUGGUCAAACACAAGGCUGAGAGAUUCACCAUUGACAUCUGUAAAGGCCCUGAUAUAGCCUUUCAUUUCAACCCUCGCUUCAAUGAGGAUGGGAAGCAGGUGAUCGUGAGGAACAGUCUGAUUGGAGGUGUUUGGGGCUCUGAGGAAAGAGAACUUCCUUUCUUCCCUUUCAGACCUGGAAAACCUUUUGAGCUCAAGAUUUUGUGCACCAGCUCUGAUUUUAGAGUGGAAGUUGACAAGAAUCACUUGUUGACUUACGCACAUCGCAUCAGCGACCUUGAUAAGAUAAAAAACCUCUCCGUUCAUCGAGACGUUUUCCUCAAAUAUGUGGACAUAGCACUUAAAGCUUGAGGUGAAGCAGCAGACGC